UGGGCACGUGGCGGUGCUGGUGAAGCGGUGCAAGCUGGUGCUGUUCGGUGGGCUGCGGGACAAGGACUUCCUGGACGACGUCAUCGUGCUCGAUACAGUGACGAACGAGUGGACUCGCCCCGUGCAGGCGGGGCACGGCGACCAAGCAGGCACUCACAUCACAGCGGAGGAGGCAGGCGGGCAGGGAGAGAGUGGUGGUGGGGGGACAGGAGAGGGGGAGGGAGGGGAAGGGCUUAGGGGAGGCGAGGAGGAGUGGGAGGGCGGGGCGCGGCCGUGUGCGCGGGCGUUCCAUGCAGCUGCUGCCAUCGAGGGCGGCAACAUGUUUGUCUUCGGUGGUCGCUCAGGCAAGAAGAGGCUCGGUGACUUCUGGAUGCUAGACACAGACACAUGGCAGUGGGCGCAGCUGCCGUGUGGCGGCACCCCUCCCUGCGCGCGUGACUUUGCAUCGCUCGUGGCCUUUGGCUCCUCGCGCCUCAUUCUCCUCGGGGGGUGGGAUGGAGCGCGCUUCCUCAACGACACCUACAUCCUCGACACCAUGUCGCUGGAGUGGCAGCAGGUGCUGGUGCCGCUGCCGGCCAGUCUGCCCCCGCCGCGCUGUGGCCACACGGCGUCCGUCUUCAACAACCGCCUCCUCAUCUUCGCCGGCCGCGGCACAGGAGGGUCGAUGCUGAAUGACUUAUGGACGCUCAAAGGAAUCGACGCACCCAUCGCUCCUCAACCACAGAUGCCAGGCACGGACGCCAUCCAGGGCCACUGGACGCAGCUGAAGCUUCCCGGCAACGUCCCCACUCCCAGAUGUGGCCACAGCGGCACACUCACUCGCACUCAGAUGCUGGUGUUUGGCGGUCACUGCCAGGCGGGCUGGCUCACGCGCACUGACACCUAUGCCAAUGACAUCGCGUACAUUGACAGAGCCACGGUGCACUGGAAGCAGCUGUCCACAGCAGGCGGCCCCCCACCGCCAAGGGCGUAUCACACCGUCACAGCUGUCGGCUCGCGAUUUGUGUGUGUGGGCGGGUUUGACGGCAAGACCACGUUCGAGGAUGUGUGGUGGCUCGUGCCUGCAGACGACCCCUGGGCGGUGAGGGACGAGCAGCUGUGCUCCAAGCGCGUGGCACUGGAAGCGGCCAUCCGCCAGGCAUCCGCCGUGGCAGGCGGCAUGGGCUCGCCCUCGCCCGCCCCAUCCACCGCCCCCUCCGCCGUGCCCGCACCCACGUUCGGCCUGCUGCCGUCGUCCGCAGCAGCAGCGGCGUCGGCGGCGCGGCGGUUCAACGACAGCCUGGUGGCGCAGAUCCUGGCGCCCGCUGCCUCCGCUGCUGCCGCCGCCGCCACCGUGGUGGCGGACGCUGCUGGCGCUGUGGGCGCUGAACUCAACAAGGCCGCGGAGGAGCGGGAGCUACUGCACCAGCUGGCGGAUCUGCAUCGCAGGGCGGGCCUCAAGCCGCCCUCCCUCGCCUCCUCCGCCGCACCCCACCCGCCCACCUCCUCCCUGCCCGUGCUCCCCCUGGCGGGCCCGGCCGUGGACGAUGCUGCCCUGGUGGACCUGGGCAGGCGCGUCGUGGCGCUGGCGGGGCAAGGGCGGGGUGGGGAGAGGAAGGGCGGUGUGGGAGGGAGUGAUGGUGGGGAAGGCAUGCAUGGGCCUGGUACAGGGGGACUGGUGGGGGUGGGUGGGGAUGAUGUGACAGGACGGGUAGUGGCGGGAGAGAGCGAGGGGGCAAGGAAGCAAGGAGGCGAGGAGAAUGUGGGGAGAGCAGGAGGAGCGGGUGGAGGGGAGGCAGAGGGCACAGGGCGUGCAGGCAGCAGUGCAUCAGUGGGCAGCAGCAAGGCAGCAGCGGUGGAGGCGGCGAGGGCACAUCUGGUGCGGAGUGAGGUGGCAGCGCUGCGCAUGCGCGACAUUGCUGCCAUGCUCGCUGACUACCACCGCAUCGUUGCCCUCGCUCACCGGCAUGAGGCCAUGGACACACACAAGUGCCGGCCACCAGUGCACGCGCUCUACCACCUGCGAUCCGCCAACCAGCUUCGGCUGUCGGACGUGCCUCGCCUGCAGGCGGCCUAUGCACAGCUGCUGCACGCCAAUCGCACUCUCUCCCACGCCACCACCUGA